AAAGAGGAAGGAGGAGACAUAAGCUUCAGGUCUCUACUCAUCUACAAUGAAGAAUCGAAAUCAACCAGAUAACAGAAACAAGCAAGAGAUAGAAAGCACACCUCUUCUCCACUUGGACGUCAGCAGAACGGAGCCCCUGCCUAGCUUCUUCCGAUGCCCCAUUUCCCUAGAGGUCAUGCGAUCGCCGGUGAGCCUCUGCACCGGCGUUACCUAUGACCGCUCCUCCAUCCAGCGCUGGCUAGACUCCGGAAACACCACUUGCCCCGCCACCAUGCAGCCCCUUUCCUCCACCGACCUAAUCCCCAACCUCAACCUCCACCGCCUCAUCAACCUCUGGUAUUCCUCCAACUCCUCCGACCAAAACCUCACCUCUCUCUCCAACCUAGUUAACACCCUCUCCGAUCCCACCGCCGACGAAGCCUACAAGCUCAGCCUAAUUUCAUCCGGGGCCCUCCGCUCCUCUGCUCUCGUCUCCCUUUUCCUCGCCCCUCAAACCGUCGAACUUGCCGUCACCCUUACCUCCCGCUUUCUAUCUCUCGAUCUCGUCAAAGCGGAGAGCAAACGAGCAUUGAUCAAAGAUAUUCUGUCAGUUCUCGAUGCCGCCACCUCUGGCAUUGUCACCAUUUUCAAGGGUGCGGAUGAUUCACCUCCUCGAGUAGCGGCCGCUAAGGUUCUGGAAAUGUUGAUCGCGGAGGAGAGGACGGUGAUUGCAGAGAAAACAGAAGUGAUGACAGAGCUAUUAAGAUUACUUGGAGAAAAUGAUGCGGAGUUGGUGGAUGCUGGAUUGCGAUGCUUAAUGGGACUUAUUGGGGAGGGGAGGAGGGUGAGGGUGGCGAUUGUGAGAAUGGGGGCAGUACCUGCGCUUAUUAAGGUGAUGGAGAGACAAGGAGAUGGGAUCCCGACGUCGGCUGUCGCAAGGGCGAUGCGGGUUAUGGAAUCGGUGACAUGGUGCGGCGAGGGCAAGGCCGCGAUCUGCAUAGAGGCGGAGAGGUGCGUCGUGGUGGUGCUGGGGGUGCUGAUGAAAGUUGGGAAUGAGGGGAAGGAGGCGGCUGUUGCAGUGUUAUGGAGUGUGUGCUGCGCCGGCGGCGGAGAUCGGCGGGCUAGAGAGGCGGCUGCAGCAGCGAAGGGGGGAUUAGCAAAGAUACUAUUGGUGAUGCAGGGAGCGUGUUCGCCGUCGGUGAGAAAGAUGGCCGGAGAUUUGCUUAGGGUUUUCCGGGGAAAUGCUAAGUGCUCGAUGGGAGGCGUGGGAUACGAUUCCGAGACCAUACACAUUAUGCCGUUUUGAAAGAAAUAGGGCGGGCUUGUAUGUAAUUCAUAACGUGUUUCCGCAUUAUUCUCAUGAAAAGUGAAAAGCACCUAAUCUAAUGUGAAAAAACUUGUGGAAUAAAAAACAAUC